AUGCCUAGUGAGUGGUAUGGCACUGUUGUGGAUUACCAUGGACGAGCUUCUGAGUGCCCCGGACAGAAGACUGGUUAUAUUAAGUUUGAAAAAGAAACCUCUCAAUGUGAUCUUCCUUCAGUGCCAUGUCAUGGACGCGGUGAACUAAGUCUUCUGUCGGACACCCCGAGCAGUUCAAUGACGGUGAGAGGCAAUACUGCUCUUCCGCCAGCCGCAGGAUCUCUUCGAUCCUUUGUCCAAUUCGAUGCAAUGCCCCUGUUACGUGUUUUCAUGUGGGGCACGGCCGCCGAAAAAGUGCAACCGCGGAGCCCGGUUCGCCCAAACCAUAUGAAGAGAUCUCGCUUUGCUAAAGUGAGCAUAUUCGAGGAUGGAUUGGACACCUGCAGUGGUUCUACUGGUGGCGUUGGUGCUCACGAUCAGUUUACGGGCCGAAUCUUGUACAACCUAUUCUUUCAUCCUCUAGCAAAAUAUCCUGGUCCACUGCUGCAUCGGGCCAGCGUGUUGCCCAGCUUGUAUUAUGUUUGGAGAGGCGACCGACAUCUCGUCAUCUCGAGUCUGCAUGAGAAGUACGGGGAUGUCGUACGGACCGAGCCCAAUUUUCUCUCGUUCAAUUGCGUGAAGGCAAUUCCAGAGAUAUACGGUCCUCAUGCAAAGUUCGGCAAGGGGACAUUCUACUCGCGUGGGCCUCCGGAGAAACAAAAAGUGCAGAAUGUUGCGAGCACAGUUGACAAAGUCGUCCACGGUCGAAAGCGCCGCAUCAUUUCUCCCGCGUUGAGCGAUUCUGCUCUUCGUUCUUACGAACCGUUGAUCAUCAGCCAGAUCGAGCUCUUUUGUAGCCAAAUCGCGGACCCAAACAGUUUCGAUGGACCAUACAAGAACAUGUCGAGAUGGUUUACUUAUCUGACUUACGACAUCAUGGGGCACCUCACAUUUGGGAAAGGGUACAACAUGCUGACCAGUGAUGAACAUCAUUUCAUUCAUUCGUUGAUAGAUUAUUUCCAGCGCCAGAAUGCCCUGCUCGGCACCGCGCCGCUGAUUGAGAAAUUAGGUCUUGCACCAUUACUAUUCCUCAAAGUGAUGCGAGGUGAAGCCAAAUUUCGUCAGUACGUCGCAUCUCAAGCACAGCAUCGAAUUGAUCUUGAAGAAAGUGGCAAAUCUGGUCAUGACAUCUUCAAACUACUGCUACAACACGUUGACAGGAAGACGAAUGAGAAGAUGACCUUCAAGGAGUUGGCAGACGAGGCCGUUGUGCUCAUCAUCGCAGCCAGCGAUACUUCGUCCACUGUCAUGUCUGGGCUGGCGCACUAUCUUGCCCGAUAUCCCGACUGUUUCGCGAAGUUAAAAUCAGAAAUACGAACGACAUUUUCCCAAGUCGAUGACAUCCGCCACGGUCCGCUGUUGGCGUCUUGUUCGUAUUUGAAGGCCUGCGUUGAGGAGGCACUGCGUAUGUCUCCAGGAGUGCCAGGCUAUCUUCCCCGUCAAAACGCCGAGCCAGCUGUGGUGGACGGACGAGUGGUGCCGGCGGGGGCACAAGUCGGUAUACCGAUGUGGUCAAUGCAUCGACGGGAGGACAUCUUUCCGGAGCCUUGCGUUUUCCGACCAGAACGGUGGCUGGGCUUGACUGAGGAGCAAUCUGAGAAGCAGCGUGCAGCCUUCAUGCCCUUCAGUAUCGGGCCCAGAGGCUGCGUGGGAAAGGGCAUGGCUUAUUUUACCAUUUAUCUCACCAUUGCGCGACUAGUAUUCUUAUACGACAUCGAGAGCCGGGAGCCAGUGGCCGACGAAUUUCACGUCAAGGAUCACUUUGCAGCUGGCGGAAAACAGGGGCCAUUUCUGAAGUUUGCUGACCGGCGAAAAGAAUAG